CUUUGCUCGGGGGACACACGCCACUUUCUCUUCGUCAUGAAAGUGGCGCGCCGCCCGACGGCCAACGGAAGUAGGACCAUUGGACUCCGACAGGACCGAGCCACCGCCACACAUUUGUUGCCAUCCGUUCACAGCCUCCAUCGUCUCCAUCACAGCUCUCGUCUGCUCGUCUGCACUUCUCAGCGUGCUGCUUGGCGCUCGUGAUGGUCCAUUUACGCCUCAAUGACGGCGACACAGCACGCAAUGAGUACAUCAACUUCGUGUCUGCCCUCGAUCGUCACGCGAACAAGGACGACGCACUGCGACGCCUCCACCAACUCGCAGCCAUCUUCAAGCCUAUCAUGAAGCGCCACGGCCUGCGAGUCAAUCACCUUGUGGAGUAUGAGCCCAAUCCUGAGUUCGCCGGUCGUAACUGGAACGCAGGCGAGAACAUCGAGAUGGUCCUGCGCGACCACUCCGGCCUCUUCUUACCCUUUGGCAUGAUAUGCUACGUCUUUGCGCAUGAGCUGGCCCACAACUUUCAUAUGAACCAUUCGUCUAAGCACACCCAACUCACCAAGGACUUCAACGAGGAGCGUAAGGACUUGCAGAGCAAGGGCUACCUGGGCGAUGGGUUCUGGAGUGCGGGCAAGAGGCUCGACGAUGAGAGCUGGGUCGCAGGCGAGAGCAGCGUCACUAACGCAGAGUUGCCCUCGAACCUCUGCGGUGGAGCGUGGAAACGACGUGGGGCCGCGGCGAGGAAGAGACGCACGAAGCGUACUGGUGAGGGGACAACGAAGCGGCGCAAGAAGGGUGUGCCCUCGCUGCGGACCGGAGCCCAGACUAGCGCCAAUACCGAGAGAGUGGCAGGCAAGACACGCCGCUACAUGGACUUGCCAGGUGAAGGGUCGCGUGUUGAUGGACGCAACGAUUUACCCAAGGCUUCGGCCAAGUCUGAUUCGUACAAGUCGGAUCCCAACUCGACGUUUCGCAAGCAAGCAAACACCAAUGCCGCGAGGGACGCAAGGGCUGCGGCCGCCAUGAGGAGGAUGGCCGCACUUCAGGUUGAGCAGAAGGGACACAGUGGGCCAAAGGAUGAGGGGAAAGCCAAGGCGGAGACAGAUGAAGACGGGUACCACACGCAAGAGGAGGACGACGGUUCAUGCACCGAGUCAGAGACGGAGAGCGAGACAGGCAGCGAUAGAGAGGAGGAGCUCCUGUACGACUCGUCCGACGAGCAGCCACGAGAUGGCGUCUGCGGUACCGAUGCAUCAUCCUCAUCGACGUCGACCUCUGCGCAAGAUCCUCCGGCAUCGCGUACUGAAACAGACGCACAGCGUAAGCGCAGAAUGGAGGAGUUCCGUCGCUCUGACGGGGGUCGCAACGAGAGGCAGGCGCGCGAUGAGUGGCGAGAUAUCGUGAGGGCAACGCAAGGCAUGAGGGUCAGCAAGCCCGGAGUGAAGACUGAGAUAAGGCCUGCAAGAAUUGCCGCAGGUGGGAGCACAACUAGUAGUGCCAGCAGUAGUAGCGGGCAGCAACGGGCUGCAACGACAGGUGGAGGGACUGGAGGAAGCAAGGCUGUUGCUUCGAGGGUCGAGGAUGAUGACGACGAUGACAUCGUCUUCGUCAGCUCCUCUAAGAAGGCGUAGGGAACGGAGCAGUGACCGACUUCUCUUCUCCUCCCUCUUUGUUUCAUCUCAUUCAUACCAUCACCAUACUCUCAUUCUCAUACCAAUCUCAAUCACACUUCAAGCAUGAUCG